CGUCAAAAUGGUCACGACAUAAACAUGGACAAGUGUUUCGGGCUCGUUAUUUUCGGCAUAAAGGCCUCUAGAAGGCAUUUGCUUCCAUUGACAUCAAUUCGGAACUACUCAGCACAAGUUAAGGAACUAAUUCCACAAGAAUUUCAUAAUCAAAAGAUAACCAAAGUUGCUAUAAUCGGUGUUCCAAAUGCCGGUAAAAGUACGUUCAUUAACAACCUCCUCAAUCACCGAAUAUGCCCAACUUCCAGCAAAGUCCACACCACCAGAAAAUCAAAUAAGGCCAUUACCACCAUUAAUGACAACCAAAUCGUUAUAUUCGACACCCCCGGGUUGGUAACCUCUAAAGAAAUCAAAAAGCAUCGCCUUGAGUCCUCUUUUUCGAGCUCUUACCGUCACGCAAUCCAACAUGCUAAUAUGAUUGGCGUAAUUCAUGAUAUUUCCAACCACUGGACGCGGGCAGCACUCCAUCCGACUGUCCUGGAAACGCUCAACGCAUAUCCAAAGCUACCCAGCUUUUUGGUCCUGAACAAGAUUGAUAUGUUGAAAUCGAAGCGAAUUCUCUUGGAACUUGUUAAAACUCUAACAAAUAAUCAGUUGUCCUUGAAAGGAAGGCCACAAAGCAGGAAGAAAGUGCCCAGUGAAGUUGAUGAAGGAGCGAAACUUGAAAAGGAAAAAGAAAAGGCCGUUGCAGGGUGGAGCAAUUUUUCCGAAGUGUUUAUGGUUUCAUCGAUUACAGGGAAUGGGCUGUCGGAUGUUUUGCGCUUCAUAUCCAAUCACGGAAAACCAGGCAAGUGGGAGCACAGCCCUGAUGUCUUCACCGACGAAUCUCCUGAGAAUUUGAUCAUUGAAAGCGUGCGCGCUCGUCUGCUCGACUAUCUUCCGCAGGAGAUUCCGUACAAUCUAAAGAGUCGUUUAGAGUAUUAUAGUGAUGAGAAAAAUGCAAUUUACGCGUGUGUAGAGGUUACUUGUCCCAAUCCGAGAAUCGAGAAGUUGCUGUGCGGCGUGUCGAAUGGAAAGUUGAAGCAAAUAACGGAACGUAUAACUUCUGAUUUGGUAGAAACCUUUGGUAAACCAAUUUCGUUGACAAUUGCCACUGUAGUUUCGGGAAAUAAAUAGAAAUAAUAAGCAAA